AUGCGCUCUGUUUGAUGGAAGUUAGGCGAUGACAUAAUGCAACCCUUUUGCAAGAUCAGAUUCUUUUGGUCUUCGUUCCCGAGCCUUUUCAGGUCGCUCGGGCUUUCAGGUCUAAUUUCUUUCCUUAAAUAUCUUACUUCUUGCCUCUGUUGCUCCCGGUCUGUAGCAGUUAACAUGGCUAAUCCCAAAAACGGUAGCGUCCUCUCUAGGAAGCGGGGCCAUAACACUGUCUCUUCCCCGACCAGCCAUAAUUUAACGCAAGAUGGGCGCAAAAGACGGAAGACACACAAGCCCAGCAGCAGCGGGGUUCCUGUUGCUCCCGAUCUAUGCAAGAAGUCGCUGCGAAAUGCCUCUAGUGAUACCCGAGACGACUCAUCCAUUGAGAAGGUUCUCGUCUCUGAGGAUGGCAUAGCAACGAAAUCGUCCGGCCCAGUGUCUAGUUCUGAUAGUCUUUCAAUCGAAACUAGAAGCCGCCGAGGAGAGAAUCAGGAACAGGCCGUUUUACGCCUAGAAAAGAUGCAAGGUGCUGUGCGAACUUUGUUAGAGUGCAUCGGCGAGGAUCCCAGUCGUAAAGGCCUGCUGGAUACGCCUUCACGUUAUGCCAAGGCGUUGCUGUUCCUAACCCAGGGCUACAAUGUCAAUGUGGAAGAUAUUGUGAAUAACGCGCUAUUCCAUGAGAGUCAUAACGAGAUGGUCAUUGUCAAAGAUGUUGACAUAUCUAGCCUUUGCGAGCACCACCUUGUGCCAUUUACAGGAAAGAUGCACAUUGGUUACAUCCCCUCCAAUACCGUUAUCGGCCUUUCGAAGCUUGCUCGAAUCGCCGAGGUAUUCUCUCGUCGCUUACAGAUCCAGGAGCGCCUUACCAAGGAGGUUGCUCAUGCCGUUAUGGAUAUCGUGAAGCCUCAGGGUGUUGCCGUUAUUAUGGAGUCUAGCCACCUAUGCAUGGUGAUGCGUGGCGUUAAGAAAACGAAUACGACAACCUUGACAAGCUGCAUGCUGGGUUGCUUUGAGCGCAAGAGUGAGAAGCGAAAGGAGUUCAUGCAUUUCGUUGUAGGAUGAACAGAUAUCGGACUUACCGGCUAUAAUGCGGAUAUGAGGGACAUCGGGGUUAUACGCAUAACACAAAACGAGCAGUAAAAGACGUUUUCUUGUAUCCUAACUCUGUCAUGGCGGUACACGAGAUAAACCUAUCUCGAUCGAUUGAGAAAGGCUUUCUGAAAUUAAUCUUUCUAAAGAAUAAUUGUGCUUCAUUCGAGUAGGUCUUUUUUAGAUGAUACUGGUCAAGAAUAAAUAUGUUCAGGGUAAGAUACAGACUAGCCCGAAUUCUGUAUCCCUGCCUGGCGCAUUUGGU